CCAUAGGUCAUUCAAAGUGCUGGUCUCAGUUUAACCGACUAAAUAAUGAUUCACUCUUGAUUCUUCACGCUGCCGGUGAUAACAUCUAAACGUUUUGAAAUUGGUUCGUUCUGGGCUUAAGUUUGGGUUUGAUAACUUUGUUACAUAUGUUGAUCUGGGAGCUAAUUUAACUGUAAUUCAGUGAGAUAUUAUUUGGAACCAGAAAAAACGAUGUCAAACCAAGCGUCGUUGGAUGCUCCUCCUGAAUGGAUGGACGAUGUCCCGCCCCUUGCUACUCUGACUGACAGAUUUGGCAACAGUUUCUAUUUUGGCAAUGCUGGAGAUUUUUGGUUCCACCCAUUCCGUAUAGGCGCUGACAACGACUUCAGAACACACGUCCAAGAUAUUAGGUCAAUGAACAUAAGAGAUGACGAUAUCAUGAUUUGCUCUUACCCAAAAACUGGUCUUCACUGGAAUAUGGAAAUAGUCAAAAUGCUGAUGGAUGGAUCAGCUAACAUGGACAACGAGGUGGAGGCCAGAAGAUGUUUCUUAGAUUCCACAAGGAUAUCCAGUGUCUCUGACAGAGCUUCUCCCAGACUCUUGCUAACACAUGUGCCAUUUAGAUGGUUACCAAAACAAGCCUUGGAGAAAAAAAUUAAAAUAAUCUUUUUGAACAGAAACCCCAAAGAUACAUUGGUAUCACUUUAUCAUCACAUGCAUAGCCAUAAAGUUCCUUUAAACUAUCCUGGAACAUUUGAACAGUUUUUUCAUUUGUUUCUAGAAGUUGGCUAUAUCUAUGGCGAUCUGUUUGACUACUUAAUGGAGUGGCAGAAUGGAAUGGAGGACAACCCAGAUGUUCCUUUCUAUACUUGUGUGUUUGAAGAGAUGAAACUAAAUCCCGAAGAAGCAGUUAAAAAGUUGAACCAGUUUCUUGGUACAGGCUGUAGUGAAGAGUUGUGUGAACAAAUUGCUGACGCUUGCAAUUUUACUAAAAUGAAACAGCAAAAAGAGAGCACAGCGCCACCUAUAGUGAAUGCUCUAUUCAAGGGAAAUAAAAUCGCUUUUUACAGGAAAGGUGAAGUGGGAGAUUGGAAGAACUGGUUCACUGUGGCCAUGAAUGAACAAUUUGAUCAAGAAUACAACAAGAGAAUGUCCAACUAUAAGACCGUCUACAAAUAUACUCUCUAAUUUAUUUAUGUAAUUAAUUUCUAUGCAGUAACAAAUAAAACGCACACAGUUAUUUGUUAAAUAGUCUAAAUAAAAAUGUGUUAAUUUACUUGACUUGUACAAAAUCACGUAAAAUUUCAAAUCUUAGUGUCGUAUUCAUUCAACACGCAUCUUCUCAAAGUGUUAUGGAGCGUCUAUGAGCGAGUUUCUUAUGUGACCAUGAGAAAAAGUGGGCGGAUGGUUUGGUUGUGUUGGCUGAAUGGAUUCUGAUGAAUUCAAGAGGUGGCCAGUCGUAGUUUAAGUUAAUAAUAACUGUCGUGAACGUUGAAGACAAAACAAGCAAGAGACUUGAAACAGAUUUAGAUGCAGUGUGAUUUUUUUAUUUUAUUUAUCACUUCACUAGAGUUUGUACAUACAUCUAUGUUCAAGUUUAAGCUGUUUAGAAAUAAUAGUUAUAUUUAAAGUUUC